AUGGUUCCUGACCAAAAUGUGGACCAGAUGAAUGUGACACCCGAAUCACCCCUUUCGUUUACAGGUUUUGGGUCGAAUGCUUUCUCUAUUGAGCAGUUGUUGGGCACAUAUUUCCCUGUUAUUGGUUCUGGACAGUUUUUAGCCACGGAAGUGAAUGUAUGUGUUUCCGAAGUCAUGAAUCUUGCGAGCAAGGAAAUUUUGGUGAAAGAUGGAGAGAUGUAUGAUGACUUAUCAAUACGUUAUCAGGAUGCUACUACCAAGGUAUCUUCUCUAGAAAAUCAAGGGACGCUCGCCCAGGCGAAGUAUGAAUCUUGUCUCCAGGAGAACAGCGUGUCGCGUUCUCAGCUUCUUAACAAGUCUUGA